AUGUCGCAAGUUCCGCGAGAGAAUGAUGGAAGCUCGCCAACUUCGUCUAAGAAUCAGUCCACCUAUCCAGUCAAUAACGGCCUCAUCCCGCGGGAUUAUUUAGCUCGAUCUGAUCAACGCCCCGGACCUGCUCCUGGUUCUCGACAUAUAGCACCUUCCCCGUUGCAUACAAGUUCCCUGCCGCAGUCUUACCGUGUUGACGGAUCUACAUCAUCCCAGAGUCCCCUAUCACCGAAAUCCAACCCUUCUUCCCAGGAUCGGUCGCCAAUCUCUCGCGUGGCCAAUGCACCAUACUCUGCGCCACCCUUCAGCACUGGUCAGAGUCUGUCGCAAUCACCAGAAAUGGUAGGAGAAUCGGCGAAUGCCAGUGGCCGACCUGGCGAAAGCAAUGCACCGAAACAAUCCCGUGCGCCAGAACCCGAUCGAUCUGCCUCUUCCUCCGUCAGCUCUAUACACUCGAUGCCGGGAGAUCGUACACCCAAUCGUACCAUGCCUCGGACCUCAUCGAUUGACUCCGCUAUUUCAUCCCUAUCCUCCAACUCUCAGAGAUCGACCUUUGAUGUCAAUGCGCUCAGUCCAGCCGACAUUCACAAUCUCAUCAAUGCCGCUGGAUCUGCCGAGGCUGUGAUUAUGCACCUCUUGAAAGAGAAACAUCAAGCGGCCUCUCAGAAUGCACAACUUUGGAAAUUGGUUGACAAACAGAGGACUCUAAUCCUCGGCCUCAACAAGGAUCUAGAGCGUGCUUUCCAAGAGAAGGAUAAAUAUCGGAAGAAGCUUAAAGAUAUACAAGACGCUCCACCAUUGCCGGUGGCCGAGCCCGUUCCCUCCGUGGCCGCGCCGAGCAGUGACAAAGAGAAACCGUCGCGCAAACCUGACCCGCCAUCGAUCGCCCCACCAUCUGAAGCUUCUCGGCGGGGCUUCGAAACCACCACAAGCCCAGUCUCUGCCACAGAUAUCCCGUCUCCAGUAGGAGACGGAAAGAGCAGGUUUCCACCCCCAAGUCGCAAACCGCCGCCUGCUCCUCUAGAUUUACGACAAGCAGACAAUAAAAGGGCAUCCUCAGCUUCCGAUCCCGAUUCCGGUUCUGAUUACGGCGACGCCGAGGAUAGAAAUGGGAUUCUCAGCACGGACCGCGGGCGGAGAAAGACGAGAGAGCAGGACGACCAGGACCGCGAAGCUGCGCUGCAGAAGGAUAUGUUUGGGUCGACCGGUUCUGUGGAACUGUCCCAGGCAGCAUCCUCUCACACCUCCCGGGAUACAGCAACGUGUAGCCCGGAAACGGUCCCUAGGGAGCUUUCUACGAGAUCCCCGCCGAAUGUGGGUGAUUCUAAUUCACUGGGGUCGCUUUUAGGCGCUCGGCCCCCUCCCGCUUCGUCCUUUAAUGGGCGUUCCAUCGCUGCCAUGCCCAUGAGCCCUGGACUACCUCUGAGCCCGAGACCAGAAGAUCGACCCAUUAAUUCCCCAAUGCCUCGCAUGCCACGGGAUAUGUCCACUUCCAUGGCACCCGGAUAUCAGGCUCCAGGAUUGCCGCUCUCUCCAAGAAUGGCCAACCACCCCACGGGCUUUGCUCCCAUCCCUUCAGGACGUCCCAAUGGCCCUAUUCCAUCAAUUGAUCCCACGGUCAUGAUUGACAGCCCGAGAUCUCCAAAUUUUUCGGACAACCAAAUAUACCGAGGAUUGAUGUCAGACGAAUACCAGGGCCUGCUUUUGCCCCCGAAUGCCCUUCCUCUGGUUCAAGUCAGAGUAUCUUCGUCGCGGCUUCGUCCUUCCCGGAAUAGCUAUAUGGCGUCCAAGCCCCUGGACGAGGAGCCUGUCUUUACUCUCAGUGUGAUCCUGCGAUCAGAGAUGUCAGAGCUAUGGCGGGUUGAAAAGGUCAUCGGUGCUCUGCCACAGCUGGAUCAAAAAGUCGACUUGAGACGUGCCGCACUGAAUGCGUACUUCGACAAACUUUUGGACACGCCAAUGGACGAGAAUGCUGCUCUAGCGAUCUGCCAAUUUUUGACAAGUGAUGCCAUCGAGCCUCGAGACGACGAGACAAGUCUGCUGAAAGGUAUCGCCCAGGCAACGCCCGAUAUGCCACGUGGUCCAGAUGGAAAGCCCCGAAAGGAAGGUUACUUGACCAAACGAGGCAAGAACUUUGGUGGCUGGAAAGCGAGAUAUUUUGUUCUUGAUGGACCUGAACUAAGAUACUACGAAUCUCCGGGUGGUCCACACAUGGGUACUAUAAAACUUCAUCAUGCCCAGAUCGGCAAGCAAUCGCCAAAAUUGACCGAGAAUGCUUCAACUUCUGGGGCCGACGAAGACUCUGACAACCAGCAUGUUCUUUGCGCCGAGAGCGAUGAGGAGCGCGAUACCUGGGUUGAUGCUCUCAUGGAAUAUGUUGAGAGUGCUUCUUCCGAGAAUGAAGGACGUGGGAGCGUGUCUUCGAAAAGCCAGGCUCCAUCUCAAGACGAAUUCCAAACACAGCAAAAGCAACUGGUCUCUGCAGCCGAGAGCAAGUCUAAAAAGUUGAACAACGGAAGCAAGCGAUCCGGUCGAGGAGUCGAUAGUCCCGACCAGGAUGUAGGAGUCUCCGUGCAGGGUUUCAGCUUUGACGACGCAGUGCAAGCUGAUCCUCCGACUAUUGGUUCCACUCUUGAGCAAGCUCCCCGAUCCCCACGUAUUCCGGCGGCUUUGUCGACAGAAUUCAGGGACAUGGCCAUGUCUUCUUCGGAUCAAGCAUUGCAGUCUCCCAGACUAAUAUCUAGGCCCACAAACGGCACAGUCAUUCAAGACGUGGAAGCCUGGGGCAACAAGGCAAAGACAUCGACGAAGGAAAAGAAACGCAGUAUCUGGGGUUUCCGUACUAGGUCCUCUUUCGAUCUUGCCGCUCAGGCCAGCAACGACACAGCAGUAGCAAGCAACACCGUUGAGAGAACAGGUCCUGUUAGACCUGUAUUUGGUAUACCCCUAGCAGAGGCCGUACAAGACUGUGGACCGCCAGGCAUUGAUGUGGAGCUGCCGGCAGUGGUUUAUCGCUGUAUUGAGUAUCUCCAUGCCAAGGAAGCCGCUUUGGAGGAAGGAAUCUUCCGCUUAAGCGGUUCCAACGUGGUGAUCAAAGCAUUGAAAGAACGGUUCAACACUGAAGGUGAUGUUGAUUUCGUGUCUGGAGAUCAGUAUUACGACAUCCAUGCUGUGGCUUCUCUCUUCAAACAAUACCUUCGGGAGCUUCCGACAACAGUUUUGACCCGGGAGCUUCAUUUGGAUUUCCUUCGUGUUCUUGAACUUGACGACCGCCAAAAGAAGGUCGCUGCGUUCAACUCUCUGGUACAUAGAUUGCCCAGGCCUAAUCUCGCAUUGCUACGGGCUCUAUCGCAAUUCUUGAUCGAGAUUGUGAACAACGCCGACGUAAACAAGAUGACGGUCAGGAACGUGGGCAUUGUCUUUGCCCCAACUCUCAAUAUCCCGGCACCAGUCUUCUCGAUGUUCCUCACGGACUACGACAGUAUCUUUGGCGAUACUGAUUCAAGCUUUGCCAAGCCGCCUACGGAACUGACGGUUGAAAACACUCUCUCGGCCGAUGAUAUUCGUUCCCCGCGUCAUCAAAUGUUCUCUGAUCUUCCUACACCUUCGUACCAGCAGACUUCGUUCCGAACCACUGGCGAUGUGAACGGUCCUUCCGAUGGCCCCAGAUCACACUACGACACUGGUUUUACCCCAAUGCAACCUAGCUAUGACCAACCAACGUCUUCCAGACAUGAGCAGUACAACCAACCUCCGGGUGCCGGCGCUUCGUAUUCUUCUUUGAAUGGCAUGUUGGGGCCUAACUCGGAAGACACUCGCUCGGCGAAGACCAAGCGACGGGAGAGUUCAAUGCUCUUCAUGGAAGAUCCUUCCUUCUACCAGGGCAAGUGA